CCUAAGGUGUAACAAAUAAAUGAAUACUAUAAUUCACAAAGGCAACCAUUAGCCAAUCAAAAGUAAGGCUUGAGAGCCCAAACGACCUCACAAACCGUUGCAAAGAAAGCUUGUGCCCAUUCCUCUCAGGGUUUGUGGAGAAGGGAAUGGGCACUUUUACCAAAGUAAUCUACACAGCCGUGACACAGCCCUGUUAGAUUGGCCACUUACAUGUCGUCUUCUUUCAGCCAAAUCAUGCGACUCUAACAUGGAAUACCAAGACUGUACUCCUGCAUGCCAACGAACCUGCAGAAACAAAGACACCGAGUGCAGCAACCAGUGCGUAAGCGGCUGUAGCUGCCCAGCUAAUCAGUGGUGGGACGGUACUCAGUGCGUGGCAGCUUCUAACUGCACUUGUACUUAUGGAGGUCAAGAUUAUGAACACGGUUCGAUGCGCUACGAAAAAUGCCAACUUUGGUGAGUGCAUAGGUUCAAUUUACGACGAACUCCGUAAGGACCGAGACAAAAAUCCUACCUGUAUAUGUUGUGGUUCAGUUUUGUCCAUGGUUUCAAUUUUAUGUUCCUUUGUUUUAAACUCAUUAUCACUGCGGACGACCAGAGGAGCCCGCAAUCCUCAUCUCCAGGUUGCUAUUACGCAAGCGUGGCACAUAGGUAGCCCGCAUUCGUUUGGAAUUUCACUAAAAAUGACUGAAAAACGCCCGUUUGGACCUUCAUCCACUCAUUAUCUGAUAAUACGCGUUUUGAACUUCUAUCUUGUGAAACUUACGUAAAGCACAGGGUUGGAGUAAGAGCGCCCUCCCUAACCUCCCUAAUACAGCCAGAAAAAAAAAUGCGGGUAAGGGACAAGGACAAUAUUUUCCUGGCACGUUGAAACCACAACAGUAUUUUAUGAUAUUGACCUUUCUUGGAACCUGUAAAUUCCGUCAGAACUUACAGUAUUCGUCGUCUAAGAAUCUUAAAGUUUAGCAUCGCCAGCCGCCAUUCUCGACCAUGCUGAGCAGCCUGGCCGUCCUGUGCAUCAAAGCAUAAUUCUGUCAAUUGUCGGGAAACUCAAGUGGCCACCGCACAAACUUGCUUUUUUAGCCUUACUAAUGUACAGAAAAGUAAACGCGCGCUUCAUUCCACAAAAUUUACCUCGAGCAUUUUCAAGAAGUGACUACAUCGCUUUUCUUUCUCUUCUUUAGCCAAUGUGAUGGAGGAUUUUGGAAUUGCUUAAGUACGCCCUGCAAACGUAAGUACCAAUAUACAUGUACUACUUCCCUCGGUCCGUCUUAAAAUUUCCCAGUGGAAUGAAAAAUGAAUGAAAUGGAAUGAAAAGAAGAUGAAAAUGUUGUAUACUUGUAUAUAACUAGAUGUUACUUUUAAUAAUGUACAAUCAACGUUUUUUGCUCUAUUGCGUACUUAAAAAGUUGAACUGUGAUGACUUUGUACUUUUUGUUGUUGUGGUUAUUGCUUGUUGCUUUCUUUGAAAAAAAGUAAAGGUGAAAAAAAAAAUUCCCUCUGUCCUUGUUUUCCCAGUGGAAUGCAUUCCUUAAGGUGUUCUCAGCCAAUCAGAUUCGAGAAGUUUCAUGUAUAUUUUAAGAUAUCUAAUUACCUUAUUUGGUUUUCUUCAGCGACCUGUUCCGCUUUGGCUUUCACAAAUUUCGAGACUUUUGACGGCAAACAAUACGAAGCAUAUCCAGAAGAAUGUGGCUACAUACUCCUCCGUGACUGCUCAUUUAUCUCCUCUCAGUUCAAGGUUGAAGUCCAAAACGAAGACUGCGUUCAAAACGAGCACAUCCAAAAUUGCAAAAAACAAAACCUCAUUGUGACAAUUAGUGGUAGAGUUGUCGAAAUUAAAAGAACUAUCUCUACGAUGAACGUGGAUAUUAAUGUCGUUGUGUACGGCCAACCGUUAAUUGGGCAUGAGUAUGGCGAUGACCUCAUCCAGCUAGAGUUGAUCGGCGGGAGUACAGGAAGUUUGGUCAUGUCCACUGAAUUUUUUGAACUUAUCUCCUCCGGGCAGAACUUUUAUCUGACUGCGAAUGAAGACUUAAAGGAGAAAACUUGCGGUCUAUGCGGCACGUACAACAAAGAUAGCUCGGAUGAUUUCUCCGAUCCUCAAGGUGGCCCACUGGAGAGCGCCGAUAACUUCCUGCGCAGUUGGGCUGUAGGAAGUUGCGCCUCAGGUUCGACCCCACUCGGAGAAGUCGAACCCACCCUAUCCAAGGACUACUGUACCAUUUAUUCUAAGAAUAAAGCUUCCUCAGAAACUCGAGCCAAUCAUAUCAUAGACCCAAAUGGACCUUUCAGUGCUUGUCUGGCCAAAAAACAAGUAGAUCCUUAUCCGUACUACAGUAGGGCCAUGAAAACAGCGUGUAGGAACGGAGACUCCCUUUGUGACGUAGCGGCUGGGUUCGCCAAGGCUUGUGGAGAUAAAGGCAUUCCUGUCCCACCUUGGAGAACUGUGCUUGGGUGCACCGCAAGUGAGUAUAUUUUCAAAAACUUUUCUGAAGAAAAAUUUCAAAGAGAUUCCAUGGUGCUGUGAUUAUUGUCUUUGUCUUUAACCCUUUUACUGCCAAAUUUGGCCAAAGGCAAAUUUCGACCACAUUUGCAAAUUUCAUUUUCUAACAUUUUGAAAAAAAAAUAGCAUCAUGUGAAAGUACAGGCAGACAGCUUUCAUUUGAAUGGUCACGUCAUAGGAUUUCGUCUAUAGACUCAAAAGUUAGAGUCACCUUACAGAACUCCAUCAAACACUCUGGCAGUGAAAGGGUUAUAAAGAGUACCAGAAUUAUUAAGUAUUUAGGAGUAAUUAAAAAGAUUUUUCUUCAGUUAGUGACACAAACGACUCCUAGUUUUUCUAACGGGAAACGAACGUACGACCCUCUGGUUUCCUGUCGGGAUUCUCCUCCGCUUAACUAUAGGGACUCGUGGGUACUAAGGCCAUUCAUCUAGUUUAAGUGACGAACGUCACGCGGACUGUUCAGACCGUAAUUCAGUAGGAGCCAUAUGUACAUGUUUUUGAUGAUGAAAUGAGAAAGAUGUUUCUUUAGUUACGGGCAACACAGGCGAAAAAUCUUCCCAGUUUUAUCCAAAACCGUGAAUGUGCACGUCCCGCUUUAGAGUUAUCAUCUUUAACUCUACGAAAAUCAGUAACCGUAGGGUUUUUUUUCGGUGGGGGUGUUUUUAUAUUACUCAACAAUUCUUGAACAACAAGGCGAAUGAUGACUUUAUUUAUACACGAUGUUAAAAAAGAUAUCAUUUUACAAUAGAGAAUUAAUGACAUUCUCUCUAAUUGUUUUACAUAUUUGCCUUGUGGACGCACUGAUUAGCAUACGAACAAUUAAUACUUUUUUUAAAGACAUUUCAAGAACAACUUGAUUUGCUGUGCGUACCGUAUUUAUUCGAUUAACCGCCCUGGGCGCUUAUUAAAUUUUUGGACCUUGAGAGUGGGCGCUUAUUCGAGGCUGGGCGCUUAUUAAAUUUUCACCAUUCUUAGCAAGUUUGCAACAAAACAGUAAAUGCUAAUAACAAAAAGCGAAGAUGUAACAAAGCAGGGUUUCUGUACAAUACUACCCUGAAGAAAACUCCGUCUUCUGGAGGGUCUCUUAUUAUAUCUUAUUGGAGUUUUUGUGGGAGGGAGUGGGGUGGAGUGGGCGCUUAUUCGAGGCUGGGCGCUUAUUAACUUUUUCUUCCUUUAGGAUGGGCGCUUAUUCGAGGUGGGCGCUAAUUCGAGGUUAGGCGCUUAUUCGAAUAAAUACGGUACCUCCUGGGGAAAAUUGCUCAAUAAAAGAGCACCACUGUAACUAAAACUACACUUGAGGUACUCAGUCAUUGGUUUCGGAAAUAACAACAGGUGAUCUUUUGGAAAGUAUUACUGUAAUCGUACUUAUUUUAUUAUAGAAACUUGUCCAAGUGCUGAUCAAGAAUUCAAAAAUUGUGAUGAUGACUGUCCUCUGACAUGCGGCGACGUAACCAACAGUGUCCCCUGUAUCAAGUAAGUCCUGCAAAACACCACAGAAAGGGAGGGGAUGCUGGGCAAAUCUCACUACAAAUGGAACAGCAUUAGAUUCUAGUAAUCUUCCCUCUUACUCCUACCCUGUCCCAACGUUAACACAAACUUCUCACUUAAGGCAAAAUGUUGGGUUAGGGGAGGGGUAGUAGUUCCCCAGCAUCUUAUUCUUUACUGACCAGUUAGUGCCUAAGAUUGUAUGAGUUAGCUCCAUUGAUAGUGUAAUCUCUUAAGUUUGAUCAACACUCUGUUCCUCCUAAAAAUAACACCACCCAGGCAAGAAUAAUCACUUUUAAAGGGAACCUCCACUUCAACAAAAAGAUAACUUUAAAUCACAGGAAAUAACUGUUACAGUCAAGUCAAUCUAAAAUAUUUUUAAAGAAAGCGUUUGUAUCCGAAAGAAAUAACUUUUAGAUUCGCUUUGCCCUAUUGUUAUUAAACAAAAGCUCUUUGUGUCAGAACAAUAGAGCAACCGUAACACGUCACAAUUAUUCAAGAUGGCGGCGCCCGCGAAAUUUGAAAGUGAAAAUAAGCGAUUUUAAAAUUCACUUUACCUGAUAUAAACACUUUUUUUAAGGACAAAUUUCGAACCAAUUUUUUUUUCAACAUAAUUUUAUUCGAUUUAAACUUAUUCUGUAGUAAGAGUGGAGGUUCCCUUUAAUCAGUCCUUCUUCAGUUAGGAAUGUGUUACUUGUAAGCUAACCCAACUAAAAGCCUCGAGCAUUUGAGUCCGUUCGGUAAACCAAUUAAAUUCUGAAAUUCUUGUCGGUUUGUUGUUUUUGUUUGUUCCUGCGUAAUCAUUUUUUUUAACACGGGAGCAAGGGCGGCGCAGUGGUGAGAGCACUCGCCUCCCACCAAUGUGGCCCGGGUUCAAAUCCCGGCGUGGACGCCAUAUGUGGGUUGAGUUUGUUUUUGGUUCUCUCCUUUACUCCGACAACUUUUUUCACCGGGUACUCCAGUGUUCCCCUCUCUCAAACAACCAACAAACAGUGCCAAAUUUUAAUUCGAUCUGGAACGCACGGACACGUUUAAACGAGUUCUUAAAAACUCCUAAGUACUUCUACGGGUAGACAAAUUACAGUUAGAUACAUUCAACAAUUACAAAUAUCGUUGAAUACUCACUCAUGUCCACUUCUGGUUACAUUAGGCGUGGGUGCAUUGAGGGCUGCUAUUGUAAAGAUCCUGAAGAGGUACUCAGAGGAAGUGCAUGCGUUGCAAAGGACACCUGCCAAGGUUGGUAGCUCCCUCCUCUGGUGAUAAACCAUGUUCUAAACGAGCUGAGAACUGGCGCGACUUAUCACCGCAAAGGUUCUAGGGAUCGUUUGAAGGGACAUCAAAAACAUGGCGGAUAGCGGUAAACCAACUGUUAAAAACGCACUCAAGGUUAUUCUGACUGGAGGAGACAUACCUAGUGGAUCUGGGUCUCGAGAAAUUCUGUACAAGUGAAAAAUAGUUGCGUUUUUUAAACCGUAUUAUUAUAGUUUUGUAUACAGCACUUGUAGUGCGCCAAUCUUUGUUGAUCUGAAUCCUGUCUCUCCAAACGAUACAAGAAGCUUUGUGGUCGCAUAUUGUACCCAGUUGUUCACUCGUUUAGAACAAUGCGAAUGUCUGUCCUAUAAAAUCAUAGAGACAAAAGUCUAAAGAUGUGUUGAAGGUGAUGUCCUGCAUAAAUUGGUAGUAAUAAGGUUUAUAAAUCGAUUCUGGGAGUGUUAGUCUACGUUUGCGUCAGGACUUAUUGCGAAGGCAAAGGCGAAGGCGUUUUUGAGCGAUGCACGUCAAGCGGAAGUGAGGCCUUUUCCCCCCUAAUAUCCCUUGGUACCACCAGAUUUGUAUUGCUAAGUGUAUUAUAGAGAUGAUUUGCUCGAAAAUGUGGGCAAAACCACGACUCAUGAAUGCAAAAAGUCCCUUCCCGCUGAUCUGCUCCGCUGUAAAACGUCUUUGCUUAGGGUUCCUAAGUUUGAAACGGGUAGUUUUAAAUAAAAAAUUUUCCAAAAUUCCCUAACAAUCUGAAGCUAAGAUGAGGGUUUGAGUGGAGGAAUUUCAGAAACAAUAUAUUGAGAAUUUUUUUAUCUAGUAGUAUUUUAUUGUCCAGUUACUAUUAGCAUUUGUUUAUAACCGUAACCCAGCCUAACGAUUAACGGAUUAAUCUGUUCGUCUUUUUAUCUUUUUUUUCAAAAAUUUUCUGGGUGAAAAUGGUCAAAAAAGGUAAUAUAAUACCAGUUGAAAGUUUUUUUCUACGGUUUUACAGAGUUACUGAAAAAUCUUUGAACCUUAUGGGGACGUUUGGAAGAAAUUUUGAAAGGAAGUUUCUGAGGAACAAUUUAGGUUUCUGGCAAACUGCCACCUACCCCUCCCCUAAGCCAACAUUAAUACUUUCUUCUCACUUAAGGAAAAAUGUUGGCUUAGGAGAGGGGUAGGUGAGCAGUUUCCCAGAAACCUUAAUUGAUCCGGUUCCAAUACAUACUUAGGCAUGAACACAUUUUUUAGACGUUUUUCUCCCCUUUAUCACCACGUAUGUUUGUUUGUUCGAAUCUGUAAGAAUUCCACAAUGCUUUCUCUUUGUAAUGCCAGCAAGCUACAAUAGCCUUACCCCUAAACAAGCUCAACUUGAAACAAUUCUUGCUGCCUGAUUGUUCUUCUUAUCUUUCUUAAUUCUUGUUUACAGGCCUCUCCUCCGCCGAGGCCUCUUUGUGUCGUAGGGAGGCUGGGGAGAGAGAAAAUAUAAAGUACGAAGGGCACGAUGGGAAGAAGAGAAGAGCGCUCCCGCCUUUUCCUUCUACCCAUCGUCCACCGCGUGCUUACUAGUUUUCUUAAUUAUUGCUAUUUUCAUCAAAAUACUCAGCGGGAGCCUCUGCAGAGGAGAUAAUAGAGAGCUUUAGAUUUGGGGACGAGAACGAGUACGAAUACGAGAUUUAACUUAAAGUUUUUGCGCGUGUCCUCUAAAAAAAGACACCUGGAAAGCUUCAUUUUACUUUUUUUCACCAAAAAAGUUUGCAGGUUUAUUUAUACGGAAGGAGGUUAAGCCCUUUCCCGAUAGCAAAAUCUUAAAAUUUCUUAUAUUUGAUUACUUAUUCCCGCCACUACAACAUUCUCGCUAAAUCCCGUUGUAGAAUGGCAAAGGUUAUCACGUUUUCCCGCCAAAAUGACGCUGGCUCACGCGCGGGCACUACUUAGUAUUGAGAAAAUCUCGUUCUCGUAGUCGUCCUCGAAUCUAAAGUUCUCUAGUGUUUUGAGCAUACGAAAUGUCAAUAUUAUUGAACAUAUACUGACCUAUAACAUGACUUUUUUUUCCAAUUCUAACCCGAUCCAGGAUGAAUGUCACUUAUAAACCUAUGUAUGGUACUUCUCGCUGCUAGUGCAGGUCACACUAAGACUGGCAUUUUUGGGGAACGUUUGUGAAAUCAAGAAGUCUGUUUUUUGGUCUCUUAUAGAAAUGAAAGCAAUUAUUCACCAAGCAGAUUUAUUGAUCUUUUGAUCAACUGAGUUAAAACGAAAUGCAACAUUGAUUUUAUAAAGAGUAUGGUUUUAGCAAGAUCUGAUAAUUGAAGUUUGAAAAUUAGAAAAAAUAAAUCAAAACGAAAAACAUUGAGCCAGGUUUGGAUUUCGGAUCAUGAAUAAUUGACAUGAAUCUCUGCAAAGUUUUACUCAGAAAUUUUUCGAGAAUUUAUGAUCAACAAAGGUCUUCAGAUAUCUUCAAGUCGAUAUAUUAAUCUCGAGAGCUCCCAAACCACUUAGGCUCGCUAAUGUGAUAACCUCCCGUUAUUUCCAUGUAAUUCAUCAAACACAAGAUGGAGUGUUUCAACAAACGUCAAACACUGAGAAGAGAGUUGAAAAAAUAUUUCUUGUAACGGAGUAUGAUUUGACAAAUUUGAGCAAAAUCAAGGACGUUUAGGAAGUGCGUACGACUCUGCCUUUUAAACAAGUAGACCCCGUCAAACUAAUCAAAAAGGUGGUCGAAAACAUGUCAAAAAGAUCUCGAAAACUUUGUCCAAUAGCAAUGAUAGCUCGAUCCGUACUGUAAGCCGGUGUAGGUAGUGCACAAGUCUAGUGUGACACAUUGACACAGCAACUUGAGAGUUAUACCUCAGAAGCCUGAGUGUGAUUUCAAUUGCAAGGGAUCAACAGCUCAUGGCAGGUGACACGACUGAGUAACAUUCUAACCCUUGCUAACACUUAACCUCUUCUUUUUGCCUCUAACCUUUACUGAACAAAGACCUUGACAAAAACAUUCUUAUGGAUCGUUCAGCUGGGUGCACGCAUGGAAGAGAAUUGCUGCCACAGGGCAAAACUUGCGUGGGGUUGACAGAGGACGAUCCAACGCAAACCUCAACCGGAUGUCAUUGCCCGAAAGGGCUUUACUGGAACGAACAAACACUACAGUGUGGGGAAGUAGACCAGUGCGGCUGUGUCGCUUCAAUCAAUAACGUUACUGAAUACUUCGAGAAGGGCGCUACACAUCCCUUGUCUUGUUCAAGGUGAGUAGAACAGGAAAAGCUAUUUUUUAACAUUGGGCCAGUUAUUUAAACGUAUUUUAACCAGUGUUUAACAAAACUGCGUUCUAAGCCAUUUUCAAUUUGCCCAACGGUUUUAUCCAAACGCCAUUUAUUGUGAACAGGUCUAUGAAAGCACAUAGAGUGGACUAGAAAGCAUUUAUCUUCUUAACGUAACCCACUAAGGAAAAGAUCUGGAGGUCAAAAGAUUAGUUAAACCGUGGCUUACUGCGCUUUUCAAAAACACGCGAAUUCUGAAGUUCAAAAGCCAACUGACGUUUGCGUUUUUAGCUGUCGUCAACUUUACUUUAACGGGUUCAAAACGUCACGGUUUGUGAAUUGUGAUUGGUAGAUUUCGAUCCGUUUUGUGUGUUUCCGUGUUUCAAGGAUCGUUGCUUGUGAUUGUAAUUAUGAUUGACGGCAGCCAAAAACGCAAUUGUGAAGGCGGCUUUUGAACUUUAUAGUUCGCAUGUUCGCAGUAAACAGGACUUCGUUUAAAUAACCGACCCAUUAAGUUGUAAUAAUAGUGGCCUGCAUUUCAUUUCGCCUUAAAUUGUCACCUUUCAAUAGGCUGUGUGGACACCACCAUAACGCUCUUUAACGUUUAGAUUGAGCUUCACCAGGGUCAUUUUAGAGACCUUUAGAUUCUAAGACGAGUAUGACAACGAGUACGAGAUUUCAGUUCCUCAGUACUGAGUAGUGUACGCGCCUGUGCCAGCGUCAUUUUGGCGGGAAAACGUGGUAGCCGUCGUCACUGUGCUACGAGUUUUAGCGAGAAUGUCGAAGUGGCGGAAAAAAGUUAUCAAAUGUUAGAAGUUUUAUCAUUUUACGAUCGGGAGAGGGUGUAACCUCCUUCAUUAAAGGUAACAGUGCUAACUUUUCUAGUGAAAAAUGGUAAAAUGAAGCUUUCCGGGCAGUCUAUAGUUUGAGAAUAUGCGAAGAAACUUCAAGUCAAAUCUCGUACUCGUUCUUGUUUGGAAUGGCGGCGAUGAGGAAUUUCAAUUCGCAUGCGCAUUUUUCGCUGCAUUGUUGCUAUGACUGUCGCCAUCAUUGUCACCAUUAUUGUUACUAUCAAUGUGGCUAUCAUCAUUAAACACUGUCACUUAUGACCAUUAUUUUCAGAACCACGUUCAUUGUAACAAUCAUUUUCUCUAACAAUACCUUUUAUUUUUCUUUCAUUGUCACUAAACGAUUGUCACAAUCAUUGUAACUGUACCGUCGCUAUCAAUGUAAUUAUUAUUGCCACUUUCAGUGUCAUCUUUAUUGUCAGUAUUAAUGUCACUGUCACUAUUAAGAUCACUAUCUUUGUUACUGACACUGUUGAUUUCAUCGUUACCACCAUUUUCACUAAGUUUGUAAAUGUCAUUGUAUCAUUGUCACACUUUCACUGUAACCGUCAUUGGCACCACCACAGUCACUGGCGUUGCCUAUGUCAAUGUCACCAUCAUUGGCACUUUAACUGUCAUCAUCACUAUCAGUAUUAGCUUCACUGCCACUAUUAAUAUCACGAUCACUGUUACUGACACUGUUGCUAUCAUCGUUACCAUCAUUUUCACCAUGCUUGUCAGUGUCACUGCAUCAUUGUCACUUUCACCGUUACCAUCAUUGGCACUUACACUGUCAUCAUUGUAAGCCGGUAUUAAAUUUAAUGUCACUGUCACUAUGAACGUCACUAUCACUGUUACUGACACUGUUGCUAUCAUUGUUACCAUUAUUUUCACUAUGUUUGUCAAUGUUACUGCAUUAUUGUCACUUUUACUGUUACCAUCCUUGGCAUUUCCACAUCAAUAUUACCAUCAUUGGCACUUUCACUGUCAUCAUCGCAAGCCGGUAUUAAAUUUAAUGUCACUGUGAACAUCACAAUCACUGUUACUGACACUGUUGCUAUCAUUGUUGUAACCGUUUUCACUAAGUUUGUCAAUGUCAAUGUCGCUAGGUAUCACAAUCACUUUCUCUUCCACUCUUAUUUUCAGAAUCAUUGACCUUGUAAAUAUCACCAUAACCUUUUCUCCUCCUAUCACUGCCAUAGCAUUGUCACUACGGACCUUGAGCACAUACAAGGGCGAAUGGGACGAAAUCGUGGUUUAAAAAGUUGAUUCUCCCUAAUUCAAACUUUAUCCCUCUUAUUUCAUCUCGCUCAAUUUGCCAAAUUGUGGCGAAGUUUUCUGGAGCUAUUCUAAAGGAUUGUGUCUAAGUUCAGUCGAUGAAUUAGAAAAUCGUUGUCUCGGUUGUCGUUCUCCUUCAAAAACUCAUUAAAAAAAACAAAAGAAAUCAAUGUUUAACGAGUGUCUUUAUAUCUGAUAAAGACAUGGCUAAACUUUACGUCCAAUUUUUUAGACCAAAGAUAGCCAAAAUCUAAAUAUUAGUGCAAGAAUGAGUUGAUCUAUAUUAGAGAUUUUGAAGCCGUUCAAAAAACCUCGCAGCCGUGUAUUAUCAGGUUUAAAAACUCGAGGCGAACAGUAAAUAAAACGCGAAAUUAGGAAGUUGCACGUUAUAGUCCUCCAACGACGGCAAAAAAGCGUGCUGCACGUGCAAAGAUGUGUUCUGCUAAUCUUGACCUAUUGCCCUUUUGUCGUUCUCGUUUCCUUCGCAGUCAUCGUUGCUUAAGCUUCCCUUUGUCGCUAUCACAGUUACUCUCACUGACAUUGUCACUGGCAUUCAUCUCCGUGGCUGAUCCAGACCUUCAGAUAAGGGGCGUCGGUUAUCCGGACCCUGAGAUUAAGCGGGGGGAGGGGAGGGGGUCUCAAAAAAAUUUGUUUUUUGUCCCUUCGGGCCUCAGUUUGGUCUAAAAAUAAGGGGAGGGGCGGCUCCCCCGGGCACUCCACUGUAGAGGGCCACAAGUUAACUAGUUUCUGUAACUAUUCCGUGCUACCCUCUUUAAAUAAAGUGUAUUAUUAUUAUUAUUAUUGUUAUUAUUAUUAUUAUUAUUAUUAUUAUUAUUAUUAUUAUUAUUAUUAUUAUUAUUACUCUCCUGGAUCCACCACUGCAUCUUAGGCUACGUUCACACACUACCGGUAGAAUUUUCAGACCGGCUGAAAAAUUUGAUCGGACGCCUUGUUUACACGGGACCGUUUAAGAUUUUCGCUCUGUUCACACGGAACUUUGAACGGUCACGCGUCAUAUUUCAACUUACGAAGUGUUAGAGCUAUUCUCAUAUGACCUUGAAAUGAAAACGCGGGAGCAAAACAGAAACACAAACGGACGGAAAUAGAGCGAUUUGAUUGGUUUUUCGAACGGAUACAAACGCGCGUGGCUUUUGGUUGGUUAAGCGAAUGCUCGGGUGAAAAAACUUCGUGCCCAAAGAACUUUCUAGAAGUCAAUCGAUACUUCGCUUUGACGUCAUACUGCAACACGAUUGGCCAAUCGAAUAAUGCCUUCUCCAUAUUAGGGUUUUCUUUGGCGGCAAAACGAAGAGGCCAUGUUUUGAUCUUUUCACCCAUUGGCUGAUUAAACAAAUAACAAACACUUACCGAAAACAUUUUUAAAGAUAAUACGCAAAUCGCUCUAACCGGUCGAAAAUUCGUCCCUUUCCGUGUGAAGGUAGCCUUAGUAUUGUUUUGUUAGCCGCGUGGUCAGUCACGUGGUACACAACCGCCAUACUGGGAUGCAAGAAAUGCGCUAGGACAAGACAAGCAAAGAGCUCAUGUCCAUUAAAUUGCGGUUUCCUUUGUUGGUUUUGUCGCAGUGCAGUUCUUGCAUGGCGGUUAUGUACCACGUGACUAGCCACCCGCAGAGGACCAAUUCCCCUUUCCUGAAACUAUGAGGGGAAUGGGUAAAAGCUUUCGUCGCAGCAAAAUCACUGCAUCCAUAACUUGUACCCAUUCUCCCUAGAUUUCCUGAAGCGGGGAGUAGCAUUUCAUCACGUCACUUUGACACAUUACGUUCAUUUUGAUUCGCAAUGUCACUACAAUUAUCAGUGCUUAAUCUAAAACGACUUUUUUCUGUUUUCUGAAUGUUACUAGGAUAUGCAACGGUUCAAGGCAAUGGGUGAGCGAUCCGAACAUUCAAAGUUUACCUGAUUACGAAUGCGCCGCUACGGGUCAAGAUCAAUACAAAACAUUCGAUGGGGAGCACUACAGGGAUCACAGGCUCCCCGGCUGUGAGUUGGAUCUUAUGUUUAUAAAAAACACAUCAAACAAUGUCAGGGUAUCCAACGUUAAAUGUAAAGACUCCAUCGAGCUACUCAUGUGCAAGAAAGUCGUCGUGACCACCGCGUAUGGAAAGGUAGAACUUUUGCAAAAAGACAUUACAAUCACUGUAAAUGGCAAUUCCGAUGUGAUAGGCCCAGGCGAUUAUCCAGAGCCUUGCGUUUUCAGUUCGUUGCCCUACACGGAAAUCUUCAGCGAGGGAUUGUUUACAUUCGUUCGAGUUUUUAGCCCAGACGAUCGAUUUUUACCUUUGUACUUGGUGAGUACAUUUUAGGUUUCUGGGAAACUGCCCACCUUCCCCUCCCCAAAGCCAACAUUUUGCCCUAAGCGAGAAGUAAGUGAUAAUGUUGACUUAGGGGAGGGGUCGGUGGUCAGUUUCCCAGAAAGCUUAAUUGAUCUGUGACUUCUUAGUUUCAAUUUCUUCUGUAAUAGGUAAAAAAGGAUGCGAUUAUUGUCUAUUUUGCUCUUACAUUUCCAGCGUGCUGCCAUUUUGAUUUAUCGCGCCGUAGGCAUGACGUUUAUCCGCCAAAAAGUAUCUGUGACUUCAUUUGGUGGCCUGCCAUUACCAUGGAUAAAGGAUUCUCGGUGCGCAGAAAAUUGACGUUCCAAAAUCGAAAAUACUGCAAAAUACUGAAAUACGGAAAAUAGGGGACUUUAGUAUCAAUUUUCUUGUUAAGUAAAAUCUUCUUUGCUUCUGAGAAUAACCAGUCUAACAUGCCCCCUUGGCUCCCUUAUAUGAACACAGUGACAUUUUUACCAAGCGAAUGGUAGUGGCGUGAUAGGUUCGGAAUUCAAGCCGGCAUUUUUAACUUGGUUCAUAUGAAGAAGAGUCCAGUUCCACGCAUGCAGUGACGUAUUUUCCCGCCAAAUUUACCGUGGCAGUGGGAAGCGGAAAAAAUGUCAUUUGAAUUUGCUACUCACAAUUAAUUGUACCCCGUGGAUUCGACCCAAGCCACAUUGUUGGCAGGCGAGUGUCCUCAUCAGACACCUUCACUUCAAUUUGUGAGCGCUUGUCGUUUGUAUUUCAAAGGGAAAAUUAUCAUUAUAUCACGUGAUUUUCAAUGGCCACUCGGCAUAUAGGAGAAGUACGGCCUGUUGAAACACCGCUCUAUCAUUUCAACCAGGUUAAAUAUGACAGAGGCAACAGAGUCUAUAUCACACCCAACAACUACUACAAAGGCUCUGGUGAACUAUCAGGCAUGUGUGGUAACUUCGAUGGCAAAAUCAGCAAAGAUUACAUCAAAAGAGAUGGUUCUCAAGUGGGUGAUGUUAAAGCGUUUGUGCGCAGCUGGUUGGUUUCCUCUUCUUCCGCGUGUCAAGACUCUAUCAAACGUGAGCCUUGUAAGGAGAACCCAGACAGAAUAAACUGGGCAAUAAAAGGUGAGUGGAGAUUUUAUUAUUGCUAUUUUCAUCACCAUCUCCAUCAUCAUCACCAUCAUAACCAUAUGAUAUUCCACUUAUUAACCGAGAGUGAGGUCAUAACAGCGAAAACUAAGGGCUAUUGACCGAGCGAUAGCAAGACCAAUACAGCAAGGCCUAGGUCUUAGAUUUCCCUGUAAUGACAGAACGGACGAAGUUAAUUUAUUAUCUGUAAUAUAGCCCUUUUUCUCAGUUUUGGCCUGUUUUUCGUCCUCUGGAUAAUAAAACUAGCUCUCACUAUUGCUCUCUUCGUCGCUCAUACUAAGAGAGAUCGGUAUGCUAGUAUCGUUCUUUUAGUUAUUGAAAAGAUAGCUAUCUUUUGUCCGUAUUUUUAGUUGUUUUCGUCCUCGCGCUCGUAGCUUUUACUCACAACUCAAAAGAGCCGUCUAGCCGAGAAAAAUUUUCAUAAUGCCCGCUCAUUCAAGAAAAUCUUGCCCGCUCAGCAGUGAAUCAGAGCGCGAGCACUAUUGUAGCCAUAUAAUUAAAUCACAUAUCAUUAUAACUGUUAUCAUUACCUUCAUUAUCAUCAUCAUCAUCAUCAUCAUCAUCAUCCCAAUAUCAUUUUUAUUGUUACCUUUGCCAUUAUCAUAAACGUUAUGAUCAUCAUUACCAUUGUAAUCGCCAUCAUUAUCAUCAUCAUUAUUAUUAUUGUCAUCAUAAUUUUCAUCAUAUUAUUAUUGUUAUCAUCAGCAGCAUCAUCAUCAUCAUCAUCAUUACCGUAUUCCACGACUUGACAUCUGUCGAUUCAUAUUUCCUCUUUGUGAAAUAACUACUUACAAUUCUAAACUUCUUUUGUAGGCUGUAAUAAGAUCAAAGAAGCGGACGAAUUUAAAGUCUGCCGCAGUUCCGUACCGUACGAAAGAUACAUUGACAAUUGUAUAUAUGAAGCUUGUGCGUGCAACAAGGGAGGUGACUGUGGAUGCUUUUGUUCUGCGGUCGCCGCUUAUGCUGAAGCAUGCGCCAAUGCGCGGAUACCUGUUCUGUGGCGAAAAGAGGGAUUUUGUGGUAAGCCUUAUAAAUGUACGCUAUCAAAUAGCACUCAACAUUUGAUGACUGGUCUUAGAAUAGACAGUUAAUUUGUCGUCGUGAGGGUCUCUGCAGGUCAUGUUGCCUACUCGGAGACUUUUCGCGGGAAGCAGUUUUAUUGUAGAUGUCAUGUCCCGUCGAGUAUAUUCCUCCAAUAGACCUUUGUCACGUGGCGGCCAUUUUGUCUCAGGAGAUUAAAACAAGCUUUGUUUAUACACACCUCGUUCUCUCUACGAGGCUAGCCGUGCAUAAACAAAGCUUUUAAACCUCCUGAAACAAAAUGGCCGCCGCGUUACAAAGGUCUAUUCAGCGAUCCUGUUACCACGGAGUUGUAUUGGUGAGUUUUUGUUCAAUCAUUGCAGCGAAACCAGCUAUCACUUCCUUGCUCGUUUUCGCUUGUUCAAUUUCGAGUCAUUAAUCCCUUUGGUAUAGCCGGAUAACAAAUGAGAUCGCGCGCUACUUGGAGAAAUCCAGAUACUUUACUGGUCAUAGACGCUUGUAAUAGUGCCAUGUGUUUUUAAGAUCUCAUCGUACUCGUGUUCGUGGUGGAAUUGUAAGUGUUCGUUGCUAAGAAGAAGAGAAAACUGGAGUACCCGGAUGUUGGCCUGGACACUUUAGAGAAGGAGAGUGCUUUCAAUACUUCGUCACUCUACUUCUUAUAACCUAUCACGGCCAAAUAUGACCAAAGUCAAAUUCAACAAAAUUUCCAAAUUUCAUAUUUUAAAAUUCCUUAAAAACAAAUAGUACCCAACCUCGUUUUCAGACCCUGGGAACGAGGUUGAAUAGCACCGUGUGAAAGUAUGCUAAAGAGGUUUCAUUUGAACGAUCACACAACAGGAUUUUGUUUUUGGACACAAACGUUAAUUAGAGCCACCUUACCAGACUACAUCUUUCUCUCUGGCAGUGGAGAGGCUAAUGACGAACGUGAAAGUUUUUUUUUUAAAUUUUGGUCACCCUUUUUUUGUUCAGAACUUCCUUGUUGCCGACCGUGCAAGAACGAAGCUGGAUACAAGGCAAACAUUACAAUCCCGGUAACUUGUGAGCAAAACACAACUUGUAAUUCGACCGAUGACAGAUGCUGCCGAGCGCCUUUUGUAGAAGGUUGCGCUUGCCCAGAUGGACAGUACUUCGACGGAAUUAAGUGUGUCAAUAUGACAUACGAAUGCAACAGGCCUUGUACAUCAUCUUCGUCAUCUUCAACAACGUCAAGCACCACUAGGUGAGUGUGUUUUAAUGUUUUCAGGUUCAAGUUCACUCUACAUCUCCCGUUCUAAACCCUCGACCGUCGCCGAGCGGUUAGAACGGAAAUGAGCCUUUUUUGUGAAAAUUCGAAAAAGUGUAAAAUAUGGAUUAAGCCAAGGCAAAAGGCGAGGCUCCUGUUAAUAAAUUUAUAAUUUUACUUCAAACAAAAAGAAGUCCACUUAAAUUUGAGCCUGCGAUCAAUUGAAAACUAGUAACUUGUCGGCGGAGAACUUCAGAAAACACGUCGCGUCGAUGAGUCGACACCUAAACCCGCAAUACGGUCAUGUGAUACUGGUCAGCGGAUAUCCUAUUUUGACAGCUGUCAAUCGACCACACAUGGAUGUGCAAAAUCAUGUUGUCGGCUCCCACACUAGCUAGAACGUUUGAGAUUUUACAUUGGUUUCCCUUUGGUAUUGACAGACGGACGGACGAUCACGUGAUAACCAAAAUUUCUCGGACGCAUAGAUCACCAAAUUUUUCUUAGCUAUGGGACUCCACUCGCGCGUGUAGCUCCGCUAAAAUACACGAGAAAUAUUUGGUAUUUCAACCUGAUUAUUUCUCGAAAAAAAUAGUAGUUCUUUUGUUUUCAUUUAAGCUCUUCCUUUUCUCAAUUGAAUUUGAGGCCUAAUAUCCAAUUUUCAAAUCAAAAUAGCAAUAAUGUAAUAUUUUUUUCAUAAUCAGUGUGUCAACAUCAAGUUCAAUCUCGACAUCUUCAAUAUCAUCGACGUCAAGCAUAUCAUCAUCGUCAAGGUAAUGAUUACGUACUGUUUAUUUAUCUUAACUCUAGCCUAAGUAAAUAAAAAUCGACAAAAUUGUUAAAUACCGAAACCAAGUUCUAUCACAUGAAAGUACUUCUGAAGAGGUUGUAUUUGAAUGGUAACACCAUAGGAAUUCAUACACUGACUCAAAAAUUAGAACCACCAUGUACAGUAUACCUUAUGAACGUACCGCUCAGUAGCUUUCAUUUGAAUGGUCACACUUUAGGAUUUCAUCCACAGACUCAAACGUUAGAACCACCUUGUAAAGCAUAAUAAACAGUACCACAGGAAAGUACUGCUCAGUAGCUUCUAUUUUAAUGGUCACACCAUAGGACUUCAUCCGCAGACUUAAAAGUUAGAACCACCUUGUACAGCAUAAUAAACAGUACCACAGAAAAGUACUGCUCAGUAGCUUUCAUUUGAAUGGUCACACUUUAGGAUUUCAUCCACAGACUCAAACGUUAGAACCACCUUGUACAGUGUGAUUAACAGUACCACAGGAAAGUACUGCUCAGUAGCUUUCAUUUGAAUGGUCACACUUUAGGAUUUCAUCCACAGACUCAAAAGUUAAGGUUCGUUAACAGGCAUAAAAAGAAAACGUUCAACUUCUUCUAUAUUAUUGCUGCAAAACGAGUUUAAAAGAGAUUGUGCGCCUUCUUCCACCCACAUCUAACCUGUCAACAACAUUAUUUGUUGCAAGACAGGUUUGAUGUGCGUGGUAAAACGCGCAGCAUCGCUAGUCAACUUGUUUUGUAGCAAUGUGCAAGAUAAGUUUCCUGUUUUACCGUACCUUUAGAAACAUCUUUUACAGCGUAAUAAACAAUACCACAGGAAAGCACUGCUCAGUAGCUUUUAUUGUAAUGGUCACACUUUAGGAUUUCGUCGGCAGACUCAGUAUUUAGAAACAUCGUGUACAGCUUAAUAAUCAGUACCACACGAAGGUACUGAUAAGUCGGUCUCAUGCGAACGGUCACAUCAUAGGAUUUCAUCCACCGACAGCCAUCCACCGUUAGAACCAUCUUGUAAGAAAUACUGAACAGAACCAUAUUCAGUGCUAUUAACAACAAUUUUUUCUUGCUUCAGUGUAUCAUCAAGUUCGCUUUCCACUUCGUCAUCGAGUGUAUCUACACCGUCCACGACGAGUUCGUUAGCAUCAAGGUAAUUAAAAUGAGAAAAGUUAAUAGUAAUCCAGCUUAGUAUAUACUAAAUCAGUGGAUAGUGUUUUUCGCGCGCUCUGAUUGGCUACUAAUCAGUGAAUAUCCUGCACUAUUCACUGAUUCACCUCCAGUUCCUUCGAGCGAGCGACGCCAAGCUGCCAGCAAAAUGCCUUCCCGGUUUGCUGCCGUAACAAACAAAGAAAUUUCACAUCUAAUCAAGCAAGCUGUUCCCGAAAUACACGAAGAAGGUGACGAAGUUCGGUUUGGAAGUUUUAACAGGUAAAGCUUUGUCUUUUUGACUUGAAUUUAUCGAUAAAACCGGUGAAAAAGUUUUUUGUUUAGAAAAAAUGCAAAUUAAGCUUAAUUCUUGCGUUACUUUAGUUAAUUUACUUGUUUAUAAAUAAGCUUAAAACUAAAUUUUACAGAAUGAUUUUAAAUACAAAAAGAAUUCACAACUUCUUUUGAAGAAAUUCCCCGCAAGAGCUAAACAAAUGCCUUCAAAAGUUUUAUUUGUCGGUAAGAAAAAGCGAGAACCGCGGCCGUUCGGUCAUUGUGCGGCAAAAUUGUAAUCGUUGCCAAUAGUAAAUGAGUUAAAAAUCAUCAUUUUUGAGCUCAAUUAUCUCACUGUUUUAGUAUAUACUAAAACAAUUAUUCACCGAAGUAGAGGUGGCUAGUGGUGGAUAAUUACCUCGCCGUUUCGCGGCCUCGGAAAAUAACAACCACUAGCCACCUCUACUUCGGUGAAUAAUUGUUAUAUAUUCCUAGAAAAACUAAUGAUAGUAACGAGAAAGAUGUGACAUCUCAAAUAUACGAGCGUGGGUCUCUAGAUUACCUUUUGGGCGCUGUGAUAGCCUGGGGAGGGGAGGAGAGGGGGAGGAAAGCACGCGAAAGGGAGAGGGCAAGAAUCCCUUUUCUCUCCCCAAUCCCCUCUUCUUUUUCUUCCUUUACCCUCCACUCUCGACGCUAACUCUGUUACCAUUGAUGCUACGGAGAAACUCAUGGUCCUUUUUACAAUUCUCGUAUGAGACACGCGCCCUACAUACGGCUAAAAUUAACAAUGUGGAAUGGAUUUUGUUGUUACUGGUGAUACUAAAUAAAAGAUGGUAACUGUGACCACGGUAAAAAAAAAAAGAAAUAUAUUUUAUAUGUAACGAAUCCAACAUCAUGAAAAUUAUAAUAAUGUCCUUCCUCGAGGGUUAAAGCCAUAUACCAAUAUUGACCAAGAUUUAAAAAAUGUUAACGUUAAAUGUUUAACAUUAAAGAUUUAAAGAAAACUAUCUAGUCAAUUUAUUAAAGUAGACAAGUUAAACGGUCAUUUAUUAAAACAAAUAUGUUUGUAAAUUUAAGCAUUGUUAAAACUUAAAGAAAGGAAGGAGAACGAUGCCGGGAGUAAUUUAGGUUUCUGGGAAACUGCCCACCUACCCCUCCCCUAAAUCGAAAUUUUGCCCUGAACGAGAAGUAAGUGUUAAUGUUGGCUCUGGGGAGGGGUGGAUGGGCAGUUUCCCAGAAACCUUAAUUGAUCCCGAUACUAUUCUGGGUUUCUGGGAAACUGCCCACCUACCCCUCCCCUAAAUCGAAAUUUUGCCCUGAACGAGAAGUAAGUGUUAAUGUUGGCUCUGGGGAGGGGUGGAUGGGCAGUUUCCCAGAAACCUUAAUUGAUCCCGAUGCUAUUCUGGGUUUCUGGGAAACUGCCCACCUACCCCUCCCCUAAAUCGAAAUUUUGCCCUGAACGAGAAGUAAGUGUUAAUGUUGGCUCAGGGGAGGGGUGGAUGGGCAGUUUCCCAGAAACCUUAAUUGAUCCCGAUGCUAUUCUGGGUUUCUGGGAAACUGCCCACCUACCCCUCCCCUAAAUCGAAAUUUUGCCCUGAACGAGAAGUAAGUAUUAAUGUUGGCUCUGGGGAGGGGUGGAUGGGCCGUUUCCCAGAAACUUUCAUUGAUCCCGAUGCUAUUCUGAGAAAUCUUUUCCACUUUGUGGCAUUCUAAAAGGCUACUGCAAGCUUUAAAUGUCGCGUCUAUAAAUACGAAUAGGGCAAACAAGUGAAAAUUUACCAGAUGUUAAAAGAUUUUCAGCCGUAUAACUCUGGUGAGAAGGUGAAUUAUGCUAAUCUCUGAAAUCCUCUCAAAUAACUGGUACCCUAAGGGGCUUCUAUAAGAAACCAGCAUCGAGACAAGGAAGGAUAACUUAAUACAUUCACUCGAUAUUGAAAGGUUUCCUUAAUCUGCCGCUUAGCUAUGGCGAGCGAAAGAAAGAUACAGAUCUCCGACAUUUUCUGGACAUCAGUGGUACGCCAUAAGGCUUCCAUGUAAUAGUAAAUGACGUAUUAAAACAAACUAGCAGCUACUCAAGGAAGGAAGGUAAAACCAUUUACUAGAAUAUGAAAUUAAACCUGUCCUCAGUCAGCCGUUCAGCUGUGGAGAGAAGAGCUUUGCCCAUUUAACUUCCUCCGUUAAGUGUUGCUCUAAGUGGUUUCCAUAAGCAUUAAAGCUUGUCUAAGUAUAAAACUAGCACGGAGACAAUAAAGAAGAGGUAAAUACAGUCACUAGAUGAUGGAAGGUUCCCUUAAUCAGCCGUUUAGCUGUGAAGAGAAGAAGAUCGGUGCCAAUCUCAGUCAUGUUUGUUAUAUACAUUGCCUUCUAGCGCGAAGCCGCCUCCUAACGAAUUUACCAAAACGUACAGGUAAACAAAUUCAUCAUCGUCGUCCUCGACACCAAUCACUACAAGGUUCCCGGCCACGGGCUAAAGAGUUAUUGUGAAUCUGUGCACCUGCACCUAUCCCGUAGUCACUGACCGUUGGGGCGCCACAGACGUUGCAACCCUCUCCCUCCAUUUUAUUUUGUUCUCAACUUCUCUUACGGUGUGGCAAAACUUCAACCCUGCCCAUUCAGCGAUGUUGUUUUCCCAACGCUUCUUUUGUCGGCCCCUUCUUCUCCCUCCUUGCACUGUUCCUUGUAAAAUCGUUUUGGCAAGCCCUGAUGAUCUUGAUACAUGCCCAAACCACUUUAACUUGCGUUUCUUAACCGUGGCUAAGAUAUCAUCAUAGAACCCAAUGGCUUGCCUGAUUCUGUCUCUGACUGCAUCGUUAGUGAUGUGAUUUCUGUAUGAGAUGCCAAGCAGUUUCCGAAAGCAUCUCAUCUCAGUGGCCUGCAAUUUCUUCAGGAUGUCCGCUGUCAAUGUCCAGGUUUUGCAGGCGUACAUUAGUACAGAGAUAACUAGGGAGCGUAUUAGUCUGAUCUUUGAGCUUAGAGAGAUAUGCUUAUCACUCCAGAUGGUCUUGAGCCUUGCUAGUGCUGCUGUUGUCUGUACAAUUCUGGACAGUACUUCAGGCUUGGAACCUUUACUUUGGUGGCAUAUAAGGCUGAUUGUGAAUCUGAAUUUAUAAGGCUGAUUGUGAAUCUGUAGUUGUAUUUUAAAAAGGUUUUUGUGCGUCUUUAGAGCAACUGAAAUAAUGUAGACUUCAAUGUCGCUUAAUACAUACUUUAAAUAUCGUCGUGACCUUUAACCCUUUUAGCCUUAAGAGUGGUCAGCAUCAAAUUUCUCUUUUAUGAAUUUGCUUGAUAUUUUAUAUCAAAUUCUCCCACUACUUCUGUAGCAAAUGAAUAGGAGGAAACAAGCUUAAGAUACCGACAGUGUGCUUAUUUUACCCUGAUCCCUAGCCCACUCUCUCCACGUUAGUUAUUUAUUCAUUGAUUGAUUGAUCAGAUUACCACUAAAAGUGGCAGGGAAGCCUGGAUAGAAAGAGGUGGGGCUUAUUACAUUCAGGCUACCCAUUUACAAACAAAAUUCAGAGUUAUAUAAGUAUACCUAAAUGACAAAAGUAAACUAAGUAUAAGUAAUAAGGUUAAGAGGUAUAAUUAUCAAUCAACAACAUCAAAUUAAUUUAGGGUGUCUAAUUAUUGAUUCAAAUUAAUAGUUCAAGAAAAAGAAAAUUCUCUCUUCAUCAGUGCUUCGUUUUGCGAGUAUUUAAAGCUUCACGGAAAAGACAGGUAGUUAAAAAGUUGCGCCUUAAAUUACAACUACACCAAAACAACCACAGUAAGAUCACCUACACCCAAUAUCAACUACGCCAGAAUCAAUUACAUCGAGAAAUGUAGAUUAUAUGUGAGUUUGAAAAUAUCGGACAAUAACCUUACUCGAUAUUUAAUUUAGAAUCACCUGUCUUUUAGCUGGUACAGUUCCAGUUCACUGUCGGUAUUGUCCCCAGUGUCGACAUUAUCAAGUGUGUCCACUUUAAUUUCUGUAUCAACAAUGCAACUUGCUUUUUAAUUUAAUACUUGGUGUGGCUCUGCUUCAAGUCCUGCAAGUCUCGUGUUGACAGCAAUGCGUGCUGGUUUGCCGUGCCACACAGCAGUGGAACGUCUUGGUUUUAAAUGUGGUGUCCUGUUGAGGUAAAUCAAAUUCGAUCAACUGAGUUUGGCACGGCUCAUAAGCACGACGAAUGAAAUGAGCCUAACGGCCAACUUUAAAAACAAUUAAGGUUAACCUUUUACUUCUAUGAAAACCAGGGCGAGAGACGCUAGUCUACAUUCUUCACAUUUCACAUCAACAGAAAUAUGACUUUAAUGUCUUUUUUCUCUAUUAGUGUUUCCACCUCAAGCUCGGUGUCCACGUCCUCCUCCGUAUCAACAUCAUCCAGUGUGUCAACACCAACAACAACAAGUGUUUCAACAUCGUCAUCUGUGUCAACAUCAUCAAGUGUAUCCACUUCAAGCACGGUGUCCACCUCAUCAUCGAUAUCGACGUCCUCGAGUGUUUCGACACCAAUCACAACAAGUGUUUCAACAUCGUCAUCUGUGUCAACAUCAUCAAGUGUGCCCACUUCAAGCUCUUUCUCUACGUCAUCAAGUGUGUCCAGGUCAUCCUCGGCAUCGACGUCAUCGAGUGUUUCAACACCAACCACAACAAGUUCUUCGACAUCGUCGUCUGUUUCGACUUCAUCAAGUGUGUCCACUUCCAGCUCGGUGUCCUCAUCAUCAAGUGUCUCAACUUCUUCUGUGUCCACAUCAUCAAGUACAUCGACCUCAAGCUCUUUGUCCACAUCCUCGUCAGUAUCAACUACAUCAAGUGUGUCAACACCAACUACCACAAGUGUCUCAACUUCCACGUCUUCGUCGACGUCUUCAAGUGUGUCAACUUCAAGUUCUGUGUCCACAUCAUCCUCAAUAUCAACUUCAUCGAGUGUUUCUACAUCAUCAAGUGUUUCAACAUCAAGUUCUGUCUCCACAUCUUCCUCAGUAUCAACAUCAUCGAGUGUCCCGACACCAACCACCACAAGUAUCUCAACUUCGUCGUCUGUUUCGACGUCCUCGAGUGUGUCGACUUCAAGUUCUGUCUCCACAUCUUCCUCGAUAUCAACGUCAUCAAGUGUUUCAUCACCAACCACAACUAGCACUUCGACAUCGUCGUCUGUUUCGACAUCAUCAAGUGUGUCCACUUCGAGCUCGGUGUCCUCAUCGUCAAGUGUGUCGACUUCUUCUUCUGUGUCCACUUUAUCAAGUACAUCGACCUCAAGCUCUGUGUCCACAUCUUCGUCAGUAUCAACAUCAUCAAGUGUGUCAACACCAACUACCACAAGUGUUUCAACUUCC